AAUUGGGCUUGCUUUGCUUGAGGGCGGCGAACGUGGUAAAGAUAGUUGGAUUGUUGAGGAAGUUAACAAUUUAUUCACUCUCACAUCCUUUCUGUUGGUCAUGCCCGAAUCGAAAUGAGUUUUGAAUGAGUCACGAAAUGACCUGUGAGUGAGUCAGCUGUAAACGAGUAAAUUUAAACUGCACCUGCCACCAUCAGUACUCACCUGCGGUGCCGUGUUUACCAAGGAUUUGGUGUCUAAUGAUGCGAAAACAAGUUCUGCUUCCUCUCUCAUCUGUAGCCACACCCACCGGAGGCCCCACAGCGGGAGCACCACCCCUCUCCAGCCAAUGGCAGCGCAGCACGGCCACGCCAUCACUCCUCAGUUUCCAAGGUAACCGGGCUGCUCUCCUGAAAGGCGCUACAUCAUCAGCAUCCGUCCAGCGAGGACUGCUCGAAGCAGGCAGCCCUGCAGUGGAUCGUAUAGCAGGCACCUCCCUCACACAACGCACUGGAUGGAAAAAUGGAGUAGAUAGUGUUAUGCUAAACCAAAAAUCCCCGUCCUCAGGAUCACGCUGUGUUUCACCAUGAAUGUUGCUGUAUCACCGAUGGCCAGUGAGGCUUCUUCCCCUAUGAUAACCUCUGUGACUCCCACCCUAGAACCCGGCCCCAAUAAACAUGAUGAUCCGUGUGGGCCCAGCGUUAGCGGAGACGGGUCGACUCAAAAACAAGAUCCCUACCGCAGGUACCAAAAACCCCCUCCUCUCCACACAGGGGCCGAUUGGAAGGUGGUUCUGCAUCUGCCGGAGAUCGAGACCUGGCUGAGGACCACGACAGAGAGAGUCAGAGACCUCACACACUCUGUGCAGCAAGACAGCAUCAAUAGACAUGUGGAUGUGCACCUGGUACAACUCAAGGACAUCUGUGAAGACAUAUCCGAUCAUGUCGAGCAGAUCCACGCACUGUUGGAGACCGAGUUCUCCCUGAAGCUCCUGUCCUACUCCGUGAACAUCAUAGUGGACAUCCGGAGCGUGCAGCUCCUCUGGCACCAGUUGCGAGUGUCCGUGUUGGUUCUGAAAGAGAGGCUUCUCCAGGGCCUCCAGGACUCCAACGGCAACUACACCCGCCAGACUGACAUACUGCAAGCCUUCAGCCAGGAUCACGAUGAGGCUCGGCUGGACGCUUUGACAGAAGUGGACGACUCUGGUCAACUGACCAUUAAAUGCAGUAAGGACUACUUCUCCUUGGACUGCGGUAUCACUGCUUAUGAACUGAGCGACUACAGCCCUAUUGACGACCCCGAAGGUCGAGGGCCACGCUCCCUUUAUCCCGAGUUGGAGCAAGACUUUCCAGAACUGCUUCAGAGUGUGGAUCUCCUCAACAUUGCAGCCUCUAGACAAAACCAGGUGUCAUCUCCACCUGCAGAAGAGUCUGUUACCCCCACCCAGGAACCUCAAGAGACAAUCAGUGGUCCCACUAAAGAAGAAAGUGCACCAGAUUCAGCAAUGCAGGGAGAUAGUGGCUUUGGCCUUUCCAAACGCCCUCUUCAAGGUGGCUUUAAGAGUGACGUCUCUCCCACACAGCCUCUGCCUAAAAAGCCCAUGUAUCUGAGGGGUGAUGGGGACACAAGGUGCACUAGGUCUUCGCCUCUCCAGUACCAAGCUGACUUGAGCAGAAGCACACCCUCCCUUCUGGAUACACCAGAUCGCGCCAAGUUCUGGCUGGAGCUGGAAUCAGUUUAUCCAGGCAAUGGGAGUCAGUCCUACGAGAGUCUCCAUGCCGUGAAUGGAGGGAUCUUGCAGAUGAGUCUCAAGAGACCUUCUGUGUCCACUGAAGUUCCUCUGGAGAGACACUCACCAGAGGCUGUGCAGGGAUUCCACACGCAGAAGCACUUGACAAACUUCAAGACUAUGCACUCCAAAGCCAAGCAGGCUUACAGUGACUCUUCCAGCCCACCACCAUCCUCAGGGGAGGACAUCUCAGACCCAGACCAGCGGGAAAUGUCAUCCAGUCCAGACGAUCAAGCUCCCACCACAGGUUCUCUCUGGAUCGUGAACCAGAAUGGUUUGUGCAUCUCCAACGCAUCGGGGAGCUCCAAAGAACACUGGUAUGGUUCGGAUGAGUUCCUCGCUCUUCCCGCCCAGCUGAAAAAGACAGAGAUGUUAGCAUUGAAGCUGGAAAGCCUCGCUCAGGUUUUACCACAAAGGGGCCUGGAGGAGUCCAUCCAGGAUGUGGAUGACUGGGAGCUCACUGAGGCCAACCCUGAUUGGGAGAGCAGCAGUGAUCUCCUUUUGCUUCACCCCUAUAAGAAGCCCUCCCGAGCCGGCCGCUUUUCACCUACCUCCUCGAGUGACGUGGCACCUUCCCUGGAUGACAGCAUCGAGUCUGGCCCACUCAGCGACCUGUUGUCUGAGGAUGAUGGGGCGCGAAGCACACCAGAAUCCAGGGGUAGAAAUAUAUCGGCUGGCCAGCCCAAUGCACCAAAGAUGAUGUUUCAGUGCACACCCUUGAUACAGCAACUGCUAGCAGAUAUUCACCACCAAGAGAACUACCAUGAUGUCUGGGCGAAGAUAGAGGGUUUUGUCAGCAAACUGGAUGAGUUCAUCUGUUGGCUGAGAGAUGCUCUAGAAACCACAGACAACUGGACGCCACCCAGAGCUGAUAUCGACAGCCUCAAACUCUACCUGGAAACUCACCUUAGUUUCAAACUCAACGUGGACAGUCACAGUGCCCUUAAAGACAGUCUCCUGGAAGAAGGACGGCAGCUCCUGGAGCUCAUCACCUCCCACAAAUCAGGUACGGUUCUGCCGAGCCACACAUUUAUUAUUAAUGUUUGUAUUAACAUAGUGACCUUCAGAAUUUAUAAAUCCUCAAUCAGUAAUGCUUAUGGCCGAUCUGGUAAACAUAAACCUGUCGGCCAUGCGCUGAAAUACGGUGUGGCAGAAUUACCUUAUCACGAGUGCACAUUUAAGCAUGCCUCUCAGAGCCGAGCUUUCCAGGUUUCUCCUUCUGUAGUUCAGUACACAGCCGAUAAGACAGAUGAUUUUGUAAUUGCUCUGCCCGGCAGUUGGAUCAAUGGCAUUCUGGUAACUGAGGCUGCUGAGAUCAUAUCUAUUCUGAUUCUUUCUCUCUGUUUGUUUUGGUGUCAGCAGGUGGAGGUCCAACAGAGCCAUCGAGAGGCCCAGAAAGAUGUUCUGGAUCAGAUGAGAGUGAAACUUAAAAGUCAACAGUUCUGCUCCAACAGCAGAAGCGUCGACUUCACCCUGAUGUCCAAGUCUAACAGCCUGUCAGAGUUUGAGGCGGAGUAUCAGGAGCUCUGGGAUUGGCUGAUGGACAUGGAAUCCAUAGUGACGGACAGCCAUGAUCUGAUGAUGUCAGAGGAACAGAGGCAUCACCUGUAUAAGGGGAACAGUGUUGAGAUGUCCAUGUGGCUUCCUAAGAAGACGCAGCUUCUGGGUUGGUCUGAAUCUCUGAAGAGGAGCGGCACUGAACUUCCUGCUGACUUUGACCAGCGGCUGACGGCCCUCAGGAGCAAAUGGGAUCAACUCGAGAAAAUCCUGGCGGAGCAUGUGGAGCCCAGUGUGGGCCAGCGGAGUCAGCGUGAACUUCUGUCUCCAGACACCAAUAGGAUGGUGACCCAGCUGGAGAGCCGGAUAAAGGAGUUAAAGAGCUGGCUCAGAGACACUGAGCUCUUCAUCUUCAAUCUGAAUCUCAGACCAGACGCACAACAAUGUGAGAGCGGCACUCAAGAUGCUGAUGACCCACAACACGACCCGCAGGACACCAAACAGCUGCAGCACUUCAAGGCUCUGUGUAUGGAGGUGCGGGGCAGACGGAAGGGCAUUUCCUCCGUGCUGAGGCUCUGUCAGAGGCUGCUGGAUGGGCCUGAACAUCAGAGCUCAGAGGCAGAGCGCCAGUCACUGCAGCUGCUGCAGGUCAACCUGGAGAGACGAUGGGAGGCCAUCGUCAUGCAGGUCCUUCAGUGGCAGACCAGACUGAAACGCUCGCUGGGCAGAGACCAGGUCCCUGAGAACCUCAUUGAGCCUUCUCUCAUGGACCUCCAUGGCCAGACGGAAGACUCUUGGGAGUGGGAUGAGAUGGACAUGACCAUCUGCGAUCUGGAUAGACAGGACUGUGAAGAUGAGGAAAACCCUGGAUCUAAGUCCCAGCUUAAUUCCCCAAAGGAGCCUUUAAGUCUCACCGAGUCAUUCCCAAAUGACACACGGUGCGAAGCAGCCUUGAGUUCGGCAGAAUUGAAUGCCUCUUCUUCUCGUGUGUAUCAGGUGUACAGUCUGCCUUAUGUUGAACUCUACCAACAACCCCAGUAUAAUCACAAAUCAUCCUCAACCAAAUCCCAACAGUCACUGUUGAAGCGCCAGAGCAUGGAUUCCUCCUUCUCCUCAGCUGAAUCCUUACCUGACAUCCUGGGAGACCUGUUGAAGGGGAAGCAGGAGCUGCUAUCAGAUUCAGCCAGGAGAUCCGAGAGUGAAAGUGGGAUAGUCAGUGAAGGGGACAUGGAGACCACAGGUAACUCUGAGGUUUGCCUGCUGUUCCAGAGUGAUGAUCCGAAAGUUUGUGUUACUCUCACCCUUCCUACCGGAGAAGAUUCACUUAAUGGAGACAGAGUCUCUGAUGAAGACAUAGAUAGAGUUUUGGAGCGUGCCAACAAGUGUGCAGAAUAUGGUGACAGUCUUACCAUUGGGCAGAGAGACCAGCAAUGGCAUAUCAUGAAAAAGAAGAAAGAGGAUAGUGGAGAAAGCAAAAGGAAACACCACAAGGAACCAGCGAAGAUUCAUGCCAACGGCUUUGGGCUAAGCCAAGAGGCUAACGACAAAUAUCUCAACAUGAGCGGAGACAAAGAUAGGGUGACUACACACCGAAAGCUCGAAAAGGAGUUUGCUCAGCUCUCCCAGGGGUCUUCCCUUGACUCUCUUUUCACCGGAGGAGAGUUAUUCCCAUCGAACAAAGAGGCACUGACUCGUAGCACUUCCCUGGAAAGUUGGCUUGCUCCAUGUAAAAGCGCAGAAGAUGUGGGGAGUAAGGAAAGUCUGAGGGACAAUGAAUCAACUGUGGAGUCCACGGGGGAACUCAGCAGAAGAACUCUGGAACUUCUAAAACGCCUUGAGAACAUCCAAAGCCCUCUUGCAAUGAAGAUGACACGUAGCGUCUCUGACGUAACGCUCCAGAGCAGCUCACUGUGGCGUGGGUCACGCUCGGCUGGUGCUCCCUCCUCCAUUAACGAGAGCUCGGCAGCCUCGCUGACAGAGUUGAGCAGCACUGAGGACUCGUCCGUGGCAUCCGAGGACCUAGCUGUGCAAAUGAACCGCUGCGUGGCUGCUGAGUCCAAUGCAUCCUUCCGUAAACAAACCGACGAGACCGACGCAAGCAUCAGUAUGGUCGUCAAUGUUUCCUGCACUUCAGCCUGUACUGAUGAUGAGGAUGACAGUGAUCUUCUCUCCAGCUCCACUCUGACGCUUACUGAAGAAGAGCUCGGUAUUAAAGACGAUGACUCUAGUGUAACCUCAGAGGAGGAGUACAUUGAAGGUUCCCUUGCUCUUGGGCUGGAUUAUAUAAAGGGUGAGUUUCAAAGCUGGAUGAAGCCUAGAUCUCAGAAUAAAGAGAAAAAUGAGGCAGAUCUAGUGGAUGAACUGCAGUGUGGCACCAUGUCUAAAGACACCCUGUCACCCGUUAAGACCGCCAACGAUCGUAACUUUCUCAGCCGGUCUGCACUGAAACUCUUAGAAACCAACACUAAUGGGAAAAACAAGAGCCUCAAGCAACAGGAGGUGGAUGGCAACCGCAGGGAUGCUACCAGGAGCUAUAUCACCCGCUUUGUGGAUGACAUGGAGAACGGCAAUGUCGAAAGCACUCACAUUGAAGGGAAAGAUGAAGACGAUGAGCUGCUGAGGGAAGAGGGAAGUCUGCUAACCAGGAAAGGGGAAUCAUUUAAAAACUGUUAUGUGGAGGACGGCGUCAAAAGUGAUAUGGUGGCCGCCAACUCACCAUCCUCAUGCGAACAGUUGAGCUUGAGCUCCCUGGAAGGGCAGUUGAAAGGCGAGUUGCCCUGUCACAAUUCCCACUGUCCCUCCUCCUCCAUAUCUCCCAUAGACGAGUGUUCAGGGUUAUCUGCACACACUCACAGCCGACAGAAGCAACUCGCCGCCUUUCUGAAUGAUGUCCACGAGAACCAUCAAGAAAGCUCUUCAGAUAGCUGCAAAGACCCUGCUUUCAUCUCUGAAGAGGCCAAGAGUGACAGUGUCCAUGACUUUGUGAUGGAGAUCAUUGACAUGACAUCUGUGGCCCUGAAGACCAAAGAGGCACAGGCAGAGCAGCCUAGGGAGGUUUGUAGCCCAACGUCUGUAUCUCAGAUCAGAGAGAAGGUCCUCGAGCACUCCCAUCGGCUUAUCCAUUUGCGCAAGGGAGACUUCUACUCCUAUCUGUCCCUGUCCUCGCAUGAUAGCGACUGCGGAGAGGUCAGCACCUGCGCGGAGGACAAGAGCAGCACCCCGAUUCUUUCGAGUACGCCAGAUCUCCAUGACGAAGAACCGCUCUUUGAGGCCUGCACCGAGGAAGUGUACCUGGGCCCUCCUCUCUGUUACAGCAUGUCCAUUAGCAAACGGCCCACGAGGCAAGCCACCAAACAAAUAAAGCCGGCCAUCCUCCUGAGCCCAGCACCUUCAUUGGGCUGCGAUGAAUUCCAAAAAGCACAUGGUAUUUCUCAAGCAAGUGUAGCUGGUAGCCAGCCAGAGUGCCAUAAUGAGGCGCCUUAUCUUAAUCCUUUACCAUGUGAAACCCCGAUAGAUACUGUUGAAUGUUUUGCAGAUACUAAAAUGCUUGAAUCCAAUAUUUCCCCUGUAAUGACUAAGAUAAGAGUCUCUUGCUCCACUACAAAUCCUUUAAAAGAGGAUGGCAGCCUUUAUAUUAAUCCCAAAAUUAACUGUCCGCUGAUAAGGAAGACUGAUAGCGAUGAAAGGGCUCUUGCUUCACAGUUGAUGAAACAGAAGAAUGUCGGGAAGGGGUGCCGCUCUCUACAGGAAUCCAAGUCGACUCAUAAACAGCUGGCAAAGUCAGAGAGCAGCGGUGGUGUUGCAGAGGGCUGCAGGGUUCAGAUCAGCGGUCCGCAGACAGACAGCUCAUCUGCAGGAAGGAGUAGAGUCAGCAGCAGGCCUCAGGUCAAGAGAUUCUCUGGAAGUCUCGCCACACCUGUGUGUAAACGCUGACUGAUCUAGUGGAGGCUCUCUGUGGUCUGACACACCACCUCUGUGUGGUGAUGUGGGGGUCUGGAACGGACACCUAAGUGGAUGUUAGUGCAUGGGCCAUUAGUCUGGCACUUUAGAGAUCUAAGUCCUUCAUCCUCAGCUCCCUCAUCCCUCUUCCUCCUGGCUGCUUUGCUAUUUACCUGUGACCUUUGCCCUCCUGGUGACCACCACUUCAAGCUCCACACUAGACUGAGCUACCUCACCAGUCUUCCACCAUCCCAACCCUACCUGACACUGAAAGUACACCACUAUAGUACACAAGCCUCUUCUAUCAUAUCCCUGACGAUACUAGACCUGAUCUGCCAGCUAGCAACAUCUAAGCAGGUUCAGCUGUUUCAUGCCUAAACGUUGAGGCAUGUUAUUUGAGGGUCGCCCCAUCAAUCAGUAAUGUGUUCCUAAUCAGCCUCGAAUGAGACGUGACGUCGUGGUCUCUCAUGUGGAGGUUAUCAAACAGGCGUCACGUUCCUCUCUAGCUGACUGACGUAGCGCCACAGUUUCUAUGCAACACGACGGUUGUGUGAUGUUGUGUGGCAUGUGAUCUAUGGCAGUUUGAUGCGAUACUGUUUUUUUUUAACUCCCUGAUAAACAAAGAAAUGUAUAAACUUUUUGUGCCUUGCAGUUACUACAUUUUGUUAAACACUGCUUCACCCCCCUCGUGUGUCCUGUGAUCGGUGAGAAAGCAGACGUGUGGCAAGGCUGAGAAUGACGAAUGGGCAUCUGUAAAUAUGUAAACUGUACGUUCAAACCCUGGUGUAUAAUGAUGUCAUAUUACUUCAUGGUCGUGUUACUGUUUGUGUUACGUGACGUGGAUAAAUAGUUACUGUUAGACUGCAUGGUGAACUAUGUACAAGAAAACUUCCAUAAAUAAACCUAAUUUAAUGAA